UUUUAUUGGUGAAAAAUUAUAAAAAAGUGUCUGCUUUUGUUCAAAUAAAUAAAGAAAAGUUAAUGUACCUCAUUGUUCGAUAUAUUUGAGCAAAGUCGAAUGCAAAAGUUCCCGCCAUGAUUGGUAUAUUGCUAUUGUGUUGUAAAACCAAUGACUUGCACACAUAACCUAAUAAAACAGUUACAACUCCAGCAACAUCCAUAACAGUGAGAAAAUAUAAGAAUUAACACCACCCUCAGGUAUCUAAGCGCAAAAACAACAAAAUGCUUCAAAGCUCACAUCAUAUGAUUUGCAAUUCAGUUAAAACGGUUUGACAGAUGUAGCGGAAAUGUUUUUCGAAGAGAUAGAGAUUAGUAAUAUACUCAACUGUGCGCAUGUGAAAUUACAUUUCAAACAAACGCAAAGUACAGUUUACGUUGUAAAAGGCAGUAACGACUGCCCACUCCGCUUUACAGUGAGUACUGCUAUUAAAUUAAUUUGUAGUGGUCAAUAUGCAAAUAUUGAAUCGUUAACUCAAUUCAAAAACCUGCAUGAGGGUUUUGUUCGUAUAGUGUUGCUCAUUUCAAAAGGAGCUUGUGAAACAACAACUUCUUUGGAAAACGACAACACUAACUUUGAAAGUGAUAGUGACAGCGAUGCGCCAUGUACAUCUCAAUGGGCACUAAAUCGCGAACAGCGACGUAAACAGCGUCAGCUACGUAACUCGCAUUUAUUGCAAAGGCAGCAGCAACUAUUCCAUAAGGUGGAGGCCAUCCGCGAUUUCCGAUAUAGUCCGGAAUCGAUCGAAUACACUAUUGAUGCAGGUGCAAAGAAAAAAAGUAGUGUUUACGAAUUCCAGGUGAAAUUUCGCACGAACAUCGAUUACAUCUUGCGUCAGCCUGAAAUAUCCCGUGGCGGAUUUACGGGAAAUUGGAUGGAGUUUAUAACAACGAAAUUGAAUGGUGCUAUGAAUCGAGAGGAAGAAAUUUCAAAGUUAUUUGGUUAUUUUGUGCAACUAUUUUUAAAAAAUCGUUACAAUGAGUGUGAUUUAUUGCCCAAAUUAACUACCUGCUGCAUUAUUGGACACACUGCCUUAGAUGUUAUAAUUGCGGAUGACGCCCUAAGGAUUUUCAAUGACGUACGCAUUACUUUUGAGUUUAUUACAUGUAUGGAAUAUACAGUAUGGUUUCUAAUCCCAUACAAAGGACGUUAUGUAUCAGUGCAAGAAGUGAGUGUUGAAAACUUUCAAUUUAAAAACGUAUAUACGUGCAUAAAACUAAAAACGAUGAAUCAAGGUCUGUGCAGAGAAUAUAUAUGGUCAGACGCAGAUCACGCAAUCCAAGAUCUCUUAUUUAUCGCAUUCCAGUUGGUCAUGUGUUUUCACCUCAAGCGAGGUGUUGUCUACUUACAAGAAGAAUUGAAGAAUGUUAAAGACUAUCAGACAAUGCAAUUCGUAGUAACGGCUUAUUUACAGGAGACUAGAAGUGAUCAAAAGAUUUGGCCACAAAAAUAUUAUUUACAACAAAUUUUAAAAGCUUGUAAUAAAAUGCGAAUAACUGCUAUUAUUGACUAUCCAGGCGGCUUGCCAGUUACGCCCCUAUCUGGAAAUUUAAUCAAAUGCUACAAAGAUGAAUGCAGCGAUAGGUGGAAAUUAAAAGUGGAAGAACGCGAGAGUUCCUGCAGUAGUGAGCAAUUCAUCAGUGAAUUGCAAGCAGGCUUACGAAGUUACUCAUUUUCAUAGGAUGUGAACCAAAAUAUUUAUAAAAAAAAUUGCGAGUUUCGCGUUAAUCAUUACAACUGUCGUCAAGGUGGCAGCGCUCUCGUGCUGCGCAAUCUCACCCUCGUUCCACGCCUGGCUCGCCGUGCUCGUGCUGCUGAUGAACUCCGGCUUGAAUCCGAUAGUAUAUACGCUCACCACGGCGGCGUUCAAGCAGUAUCUGCUGCCAAGCGGUGCCCAUCUCCUGCUCACUGAUGACCGAUCCGCGCUCACAGACGCAAGCCGCCUUCGACUCGAACCUCAGCAUGAGUUUGGGCCGCUUCAGUAGCAGUUUUAGCAGCGAGAUUCCUUCACUUCUUUGUUCAUAAAAAAAUAUUAACUAGAUAGUUUUUAAGGCGCAAGUUGGCAAUAAGCCUCAAGUUCGAAAGAAGUAUAAUUUUUUACAAAAUAGAAAAAAAAUUAGUUUAAAAAUGUUUUUGAAGCCAAAGAGAGUUUCAGAAUUUCAUAUUAAGAUAUUUACAUUAUAAAUUGCAAAAAGGCAAACCGGACUUCUCCACGUAUUUAUUAAAAAAUAAAAACUUUUAUAGUAGCUUGUUGCGCUAAGCCAACGUAUGUUGUGAUAUUUCUGGUAUUAUCCAUACAUAUUACACUAAUGUAAAAAAAUAGUUUUGUAAUUAUGUAAAUAUAUACUUUUAUGGACAUAAGAUAUUAAUAAUAAAUACUUUUAACUUUGACUGUAUGAACAAAUAAUUUACUCAUGUGUACAUAAGUAUAUCAAAAACUGCUUAAAACUGUUUGUAAAUUUGGUAACUU